GAGCCAGGGAGCUGCGCGGCCGUUAGGAGCUGAACCGGGGCCUGGGCAGGAGAGGGUGACCGGAAAGGAAGGGGCAAGUCCCAAGCCUAGGCUGGGACGUGGCUAAAGGCUGGCGUGGGGAGAGACGUUCAAGGCUGCGCUGACCGGUGGGGGCGGGGCUGACUCCCUGCUGCAGCCAACCAACGGCCGCAACUGCCGGCCGCGGCCUCCGCGCAUCCCCACCCCCGCUUUUUCCUGCGCUGUUCGGCAGUUUGUGUCCGUGUCCGCCGUCUUUCUCUUGCCUCGGUCUCCCCAGUCUUGGUCAUUCUCCCGGGCUUUGGUGUCCGAGACGUGAGAGCUUGACCUCGCGCCCAGAUCUGCCCUGAGAGAGAUGGAGGAGCUGGCGUCCCGCGGAGAGGUCAUGGAAGAGGUGACAUCGUGCUCCUUCAACAGCCCUCUGUUCCAGCAGGAAGAUGAGAAAGGGGUCACCUACCGGAUCCCAGCCCUGCUCUACGUUCCCCCCGCCCACACCUUCCUGGCCUUUGCAGAGAAGCGCUCUACGAGCAGGGAUGAGGAUGCGCUCCACCUGGUGCUGAGGCGAGGGUUGAGGACUGGGCACUCAGUACAGUGGGAACCCCUGAAGCCACUGAUGGAAGCCACAUUACCUGGGCAUCGGACCAUGAACCCCUGUCCUGUGUGGGAGCAGAAGAGUGGCCGUGUGUACCUAUUCUUCAUCUGCGUGCGGGGCCAUGUCACUGAGCGUCAACAGAUUAUGACAGGCAGGAAUGCUGCCCGUCUCUGCUUCAUCUGCAGUCAGGAUGCUGGCUAUUCAUGGAGCGAAGUGAGGGACCUGACCGAGGAGGUCAUUGGCCCAGAGGUCAAGCAUUGGGCCACAUUUGCUGUGGGCCCAGGUCAUGGGAUCCAGCUGCAGUCCGGGAGGCUGGUCAUCCCUGCAUACGCCUACUACAUCCCUUACUGGUUCUUUUGCUUUCGGAUACCAUAUAAAGUCAGGCCUCAUUCCCUGAUGAUCUACAGUGACGACCUAGGAGCCACAUGGCAGCGUGGCAGGCUGAUUAAGCCCAUAGUGACAGUGGAGUGUGAAGUGGCAGAGGUGAGCAGGAGGGCCGGCCAACCUGUGCUGUAUUGUAGUGCCCGAACACCAAACAGGCGCCGGGCAGAGGCUCUUAGCACUGACCACGGUGAAUGCUUUCAGAGACCAGCCCUGAGCCAACAGCUCUGUGAGCCCCCGCAUGGCUGCCAAGGCAGUGUGGUGAGUUUCCGGCCCCUGGAGAUCCCACAUGUGUGCCAGGACCCUACUGGCAAAGAUGUUCCUACCAUUCAGCAGAUCCCUCUCCUGGGCAGAUCAUUGAGGCUAGAGCUGGAAGCUGGAACCCAGUCAGAAUCAUGGCUCUUGUACUCACACCCAACCAAUAAGAAACAGAGGGUUGACCUAGGCAUCUACCUCAACCAGACUCCCUUGGAGGCUGCCUGCUGGUCCCGCCCCUGGAUCUUGCACUGCGGGCCCUGUGGUUACUCUGAUUUGGCUGCUCUGGAGAAGGAGGGCUUAUUUGGGUGUUUGUUUGAAUGUGGAACGAAGAGGGAGUGUGAGCAGAUUGCCUUCCGCCUGUUCACAGACCGAGAGAUCCUGAGCCAUGUGAACGGGGACUGUACCAGCCCUGGUCAGAACUGAGCCAACUCAAAACCAAUUGGCUUAGGACCCAUCUUUUCAUAGAAGGGUUACCAUAACAGGCAACCAUGGCCAGGAUAACAGAGGUUACUGAAGUCUGCAGAGAAUCCAAAACAUUCUGCUCCCUACCUUUUUUUCCGCUUCUCCUCCAAAGAGCAAAAUGAAAAUCUUGCCAUAGCUACUGCAGGGGAAGGAGCAAUGAACUGUGAAUUGAGAGACCAUGACAUAAUCCUGGCUCUACCACUGUCUUGAUUUGGGACCUUGGACAUGUCACGUGAACUCUCUGGGCCUCAGGUCUCCAUCUGUAAAAUGAGAGGAUUGGUUCUGUGAUUUCUCUUAUUCCCAGGUCUAGGAAAGUCAGGGUGCCCGUAUGCUAUGUGAUCAGCAAGUCCUGGCUGCAUAUGUGACUCUCAUCUCAAAAUGGAAGUCAGAGGACUCAUCUUUUCAAAUGACUUGCCACUCAUCCAAGUGUGAAGUUACAAGCAGUUGCCAUGGCACAAUGGAAGACCUGGAUGGUUUGUUCUGUUUUUAGUAACAAAAGAUGCCCACACCCUUCCAAUCAUGCUCAGAGCUCUACAGGCUCCCUGUUCUAGAGGAAUUGGGCCGAACAGUAGAAUCAUGUGGCCACUUGUCUGCUCCAGCUUUGCACCUCUGCUCAACCUUCCCUCCCCUAUCCAGAAAGCAUUAUUUCCUCAGGGGAAAGUGAGAAGCUCCGUGUUAGUGGUCCUUAAUAAUGGUACUUAUUAUUUCUGAUGGCAUGACUCCUGUGAAAGAUGAACCUGAAGUUCCCUUAUUAGGAUAGCUCUUGAUGGGAAAAGGACAUGGGUUAGGAGUUUAAAGCAUUGGACAAAACUUCUCAUAGUUUCUGCCCUUAAGCAGUUCGCAGUUUAUAGGGAUAGAAGGAGGAGAAAAUAAGCAGCUGGUUUGUAGAUGCUGGGCUCUAAGUUGGGGUGCUCGUAGCUCCUGAUGUCAUUAUCUUCACUGUAUCUUUAUUGUGCCUGCAGUCAUCUUCCCCAGGGCUUGUCCAAGCUGCUGAGUUUCCCAGUUUGGUUUUUUCAGGAUGUUGUCCUAGCCUAGCCACUGCUUUACCUGUAGAGAAGCUCUUCACCAUUAGGAAGGUCUCUGGACUCCCAAACCUCUGAUUCAGGCCUAUUUGUUUGGACCUACUGGGAUGCCUCUUUGUGUGAUAGGUUUGGGGCUGAACUGUGCCAGUGCUGGGUCUCAGACGAUACCAGAUGGCUGCUCUUAUUUUAGAUUGUUUCUCCCAUAGAGUGUGACAGAUAUUCUAUCAUGAGAGAUUUCUUUUUUGUCCCUAUUUUGGGAGGAUAAUGCCUUAAACAGGUUUCAUGUAAAUAUGUUUGCUGCUGGGUAAUGACCCUGGAGAGCAAGUCUUAGUCAUGGAACACAGCCUAAGAGGCUGGUAGAGAUUAACUUCACCUACUUUAGCAUCUGGCUUAAGCCCAGGGCUUAGAGGGGAUUUAAAAAAUUCCCUUAGCCUCUCAUACGAAUUUCCCAAAGUUGUCUUCCCAGCACACAGUUAUGAUCAUUCAUUCACUCAUUUAUACGUUUAUGUAAAUAUUUCUAUAACUGAGUGCCUGUGCAUAGUGAGGCACUUUCUAUUGCCAUUCCCUUGUUGAAAGUCAUUUGUGGCUCCUCAUUGCCACCAACACCUCAUUGUGUUUACAUUUAGCUUAGCAUAUAGGUCCUUUAGUUGUUGGGUGAAAUAAUGAAUACUCAUCUCUACUUCUUCAAAUGAAGCUGCUGUCAAAGAAGACCUCUGUCAAGUUGGCAAGUGGAGGGUGUGGGGGUUUGGGAGUGGGUAGAGUUAGUGGUACAGGGAGGAACUGGGGAGGGGAGAGGAUUAAAAGGGCUGCCCCCUCCUCAGUAGUGGAAACUCCUUGUUAAGCAAAGCUUUCCUGAGCACUGUACCCCAAAUAGAUAGGAAUAGGGAAGAUGGCUAAGUUCUACAACCAAAGCCAAAGGAUGGAGAGAAUGAGAAUAUGAAGACUUCUUGGGACCGUCCAAGAAGGGAGCCGGGGACAGGUGCUGAGUCACAUGCCCGUGUGGACCACACUGUUCUCAUAAGAUGUCUCAUCUACCUCUAGUUUCCCUCCCCUUUCUCCUUCCCCUUUGCCUCAUGUUUGCUGCUUCUUAGUGACUAGCAGUGAAAUUCUGAAUAGGCAGAGGGCCUGCGUGCAUAUUUCAGGAAUGACAAGAAAAGAGGGCUGGGGUAAUCCAGAAUGAGGAUGAGAGAGGACCAGAGUGGGGGAUGGCAGCUGUGAAGGAAAAGAACAGCAGGUAGGAGUCCUGACGCCUUUAGGAAGAGAGAGAAGGGGUGCAGACAUGGAGCCUUGGCAGGAGAGAUGGAGUAGGUGGUGGCUGCUGUGAAGAAGAAAUGACAACAGGCUGGAGCUGUUCUCUGAGACGUUUUUGGGAGGGAAAGAGGCCUGCACAGGUUAGGCCGCUGGUAAGUUCCUACCUAACCCUGAAACUUUAAGCUGUCUUAAACUUUAAAAACAGCUGUAGGCCCUCCAACUCUUGUUAGUGUCAGUUAGCCAAGGUCUUCAGGACCCUGGGACUUAUACCAGGAUACUGUUCCCCUAACUGAACCCAUUUCAGCCACUCUCAGGUUGGGAGAAUGGAAAAGAUAGGACAGGUGAUGGCAGCUGUGAAGAAAAGAGGAAAGCAGACUGGAGGCUUCCAAUCCAGCGGCAUAAAAAGAGGACUGUGUAGGCUGUGGUCCUUUGCCCCUAGAGGCCCCCACCCGGUCCUUGGACCCUUAGGAUGGAUCCAUCCAGCGCAGGUGGCCCACCACUGGGAGUGCAGGAAGGCUGCCCUCCUGCUGGUAUAUGCCCAGACCAGCCUCCCACUCAUUCAACCCACUGGUUCCCACAUUCCUAGGCUCCUAGCGUUUACCUCAGGCCCUUUAUUUGGACCUGUUCCUCCUGGUCACCAGUCUCCCCUCAGAUCUAUAGGAUAUCAUGCACCUGCAGCCAGAGGUAAGAGACCUUGCACCCUACCUGUUGGGUAGUCCGAGGGAUGCACGGAGGCCAGCCUGAGGCAGCACAGUCCCCUCCCCAGGGCAGUAAGAUUCAUUACUUCCACUUUGGCUAGAUUAGGCUGCUUGGCCUUCUCCAGUAAGCGGUAAAUUUCCCCUCUGUGUUAGUCAGUGGCUGGCUGGUCAUGCCUCCCUGUGGCCUUACCACAGGCUGCCUGGAGUUAUUGUCCAUGUUGUGCCCACUCGGCCUCUGCUAGGCUGUGAAUCCUUGAGGGCCAAGUCUGAGUCCUCACUGCAUCCUUUUUACCUUGAAUCACAAUGACUUACUUAUAAAUAUAUGAUUUUUCUAUCAUAUUCUGAAUUUCCUGAAGAUAAGGACUGUGUCUGAUUCCUCUCUGUGCCCUCUGCACCCAGCACAGGGCCUGGCACAGCACAGACAGCAGUAAAAUUAUGCUAAAUGAACAAAGGGGUCACAGACCCUUGGCCUCCUGGAGCUAACUGAGAGGCCAGGGCAAGUUCCCCGCGGGAAGAGCGGGAAGAGCGUGAUGCGUCCCUCUGUGGCUUGCAUAGCACUCAGCCUGCUGAACAUUGGCCCUAAAUGAGUCUUCUCGGCAGGAGGGUGGAGAGAGGGUAUGUCCAGGCUGGUCUCAGUACUUUCUGGGAAUGAGCUGCUCUCUGUCUUGGUUGGUCCUGCCUAAAUGUCCCAGGAUCACAGCCCAAGCCUAAAGCCAAGCCUUGACCUGGGGGGGUCUCAUGUCACUGGUAUUUUCCCUCUGUCCCUGAUUGGGUUUUCUAUAACUGCCAUUCCUCCAGGACUCAAAGUGGGAUGCGGGGGUCAGCAUGUUUGAGCGUGCCUUGGCUCUGUGAUACCAAGUGCCAGAAGUGUUUUCUGUACUAUAAGAACUACCUUGACUCUUUGAAACAAGGAAGAUGAAUAAAGAGCUUAAUUCUGAUGA